AUGGGUUUGUCCCAAGGCAUAAGCACGGAGCUGAAGGUCCCGCUUGCCUCAGCAUUUUUUAACACCUCCUCUGAUAGUCGGUUGAGUUUUAAGGCGCAUCUGCAUCCCUUCAUGUUGGCCUCGGAAAGCCCUUCGUCGGGGAGGCAUGCGGUUGAAUUUCCGAGCGUGUACGUCAUUUACGCCAAGGACGAACACGUGCGGAGCGGCAGUUGCAUGCUGGAAACGGUUGAGAUCACCGUGUCGUCGAGCACCAUCAGUCAUUUGAUUUUGUUCUCUGACAGGCUCUUAAGCGUGUACAGCACCGUCUCGAAGCCCUUCCACGUGGGUGGGAAGGCGGAGGAGACGGAGAAGGAAGUUGCCCAGCUACAGCCGCCAAGCAGUGCGGCCGCGGCGGCGCCGCCGGGGUGGAAGGGUCGCUUUGUGUUUCUCCUGGAGGGCCUCUGUGUCUCCUACCUCACCUCCAUGACCAACCUGCGCUUCUCUGUGCGGAAGCUCAAUGCGCUGGCGGACAUCUCCUCCGCGGGAAGGUACCGAAUAACAAGUCUGCUGGUGAGUGUCGCUACCGCGCAGCUCGCGCUUGUGGACCGCGACGACUACGACCAGCUGCAGUCCAUGCUGCGCCAGGCAACAGCUGCGGCCCGGAGCGAUGCAUCCUCGCCCAGCACGAAGGCGGCGCUGCUGCCCACGCACUCCCUUUCGAUGGCCUCGGAGGACCCCGUGCGGCUCGUGCGCCCGCUCGGCGGCUUCGUUUGGGGCCUGGUUGAGACCUCCUUCACGCUCUCCAGCGGGCGCAGCGACACAAACGAGGUGCGAGCGGCGAUCGAGAACAUCUUUGCGGCGUCGCAGGGACCCUCAGUGGACAUGCGUGAGCUGGAAAAGCUUGUCAGCACCGCCACGCGAUGGAAACUUUCGGUCGUCUCGCCGCUCAUCGUUGCGCGCGUCGGACUGGUGCCGCUGCUGCGGCAGUCCUUUGACGAGACGAAGGAGCUUGCGGAGAAGAUGCGGUUUGCCUCGCAGCGGGAGGGUCGUUUGUUCCGCCGCCAACUUUUCAAGCAUGCGGCUUACCACCGACUGGCACGCGUGCAGAAGCAGAUGGAGGCGCAGGUGCAGCGAACACAGCGGGAAAAUAUGCGGCGUCUGCAGGAGUUGACGGCGCAGGUGCUGCCUCGCGGCGUCGCCGCGUUCCAGGCACAUUCCCCCUAUACGUCACAGCCGCGGAUGAACAGUGGCACCGAUGCCAAGGAAAACCUCUUCAGCGCAAUGUCGGAUAACAAGUUCUUCGCUACGGUGUCGAAUUUUCUUGUGGUGAUGCCCUUUGGCGACGCAGCCUACCGCAACAUCGUCGAGGGGAAGCAGGAGGUGCAUCACCCCGGACGUGGCGCAGCGGCGAUGAACCGCAAGCACUUCAUCCCCACCAUGGCACUGAAGCUGAAGGUUGAAAAGUCGACCUUUGCGUGCCGCCUGCUCAGGUCCCAGAGCUGGGCCCCUGCGACGCUGCCAGCGCGGGAGAAGAGCGAGUUUGCUCCUCUCUUUGCCGAGGCAGAGCAGGACACCACCCCAACACUGACGUUUACGGCGCGCUGCGUGCUGGACGACGCGAACCUCUACUGCAGUGAUGGCUCACCGCUGGACAGUGGCCUUCCCUUAAAGGAGCUGCUCAGCCGCACGCACGUCCUUGGCGGCCUGGGCAAUUUUACCAGCCUGGACCGUGAGGAGUGCCGCAAUUCCUUUUCGAAGGUGUCUGUUGGCUCCAUUGACGCCCCCGUUCAUCUGACUAAGACUGGCAGAAGCGUCGCCGUCGGCGCCGUCAUGGAUGUGAGUGCCCCCAAAGUUUGCAUCGCAACUCGCUUUGUGAGUAUACUUAGCCAGCUCACACAGGAAAUGCCCUCCGUGUCGCUCCGUGAUCUUUUUAGGCCUCACACGGCGUCAAAGGCGACAAGCCAUGGGACGACCUCAACGCCACACCAGCCGCCACGACGGCCUUCCAUGGGCGAGAUGGAGGGAGUAGCGGCAACUGCCGGAAAGGAGCGGCACGCUGAUCCAUUGAAUCCACACGCAGGGCCACAUGCAGUGCACAGCGGUCCCACUUUGUACCAACUUGAAGUUACAGCGCGCGUUGAGCGUGGUGAGGUAAAGAUUUACUCCCUUCAGAGAGACACUCCUCCCGGUGUUCCCGGCACCUCGCAGGCCGCAGAGGGUUUGGCGAGCAAGAGAACCCGUUCCUUCCGACAGCGCGUGAGGUUCGCCCCUGAGCCGCUUGAUAAGGACAACAAGGGUUCUGACCCAGCAGAUGGCGCCACUGUGGUGUACCCCAUGGCGGAGCUGCUUACCUUUCCGACGGCGGAUACCACCGCCACGGUGCUGGCAACUGUGUCCGACUCCGCGAUUCCCGAUCAGGAGGUGAUUGCCCGCGUGGAGAUGCAGGCGGGGGCGGCUGAAAUUGGACCCUCCAUCAUGUCCCUCGCAGAAGAAAUUGAGGCGUGGGCAGCGGUGCAGGACCGCAGCAACAGUGGGCGCGUGGCGAAGCUCCUUGGCCUUGUGAGGGAGUGGGAGAAGGACAUGGCCAGCAGCGGCCUUGCACUACAUUCGUCCAUAGCCGACGUGGCGCUGCCAGUGCCCCGCGGCUUCGCGGAGGCGGUGGCACAGGCCCGACCGACGUCGAACGUCUUGAGUGUACUGCGGCAACAACGGCAGCAGCAGCGGCGGCGGGAACUCAAAGUUGCGUCUCCGCCGCCGGAGGUUCCGAACUCCUCGGUCGCAGGGGCCACAGCUGGUGGCGGCCGCACGCGGAAUAUUUUUGCUAGCAUUCACAUCCGCAUUACGGGAUUGCGCUUUGUGCUGACGACAAAGCCCGCCUCGACGGUAACCCUCGCACUCUUCCAGGACGAUCGUGGAGGCAGCCUUGACUUCUUCGUGAAGCGGGUGCUGAGGUCGCCACCGGCACGGGUGGACGACGCGACAGCGUUUGAGCAGCCAACGGUGUCCUUCAUCCUCUGCGUUCGGCGGACGCGGCUGGAAUGUCAGGCGAAGCUGGAGGUGAAGUCAUUUGAGAUGUUCUUGCCGGAGGUUGUGGCGUGCACCGCGUUGCGACGGCGCCAGCGUGCGUGGGAGCUGACAAAUGUAUACGUGCAUACCCCAUUGGAUGUCGCGGGUGGCGUUGAUGCGGAGAUAACGGUGCGGGCGCCGCACAUGGCGCAGCUCUUCAUUGUACAGGAGCUCUGGCACAAGUCGCUGCUCGAGUCGAUGCACAGCAUUCGUCAGAUCUUCACACGCGGCGCAAACAUCAUAAAGGAAAACGUGAAGAAGGCCCCCGGGAUUCACCGGCGCAUCGAGGCGAUGAGUGAGGGCUGCGUAGAUGAGGCACUGAUGCUUCUCGUCACGGCUUCACGCAUGAAGGUGCGACUCGAACUUAGCGCUGGCAACGCGCAACAGGCAACUCUGGGCGGCAUCAGUUUUAUCAUGCUGAGAGCGCAAUCUGGCGGGCGGGCGUGUCGCAAGAUGUGCUUUGAUGCGGCGGUGCGCUCGAUAAUCGUGCGCUCUGAGGGUGUGCUCUCCGGUGUGGCCAACGUGGACAGCGUGCUUGUCAAGGGGUUCCUCAUUGCGAGCGCGCAGGGGGCGGGGACGUUGGCGCGGUCGCCGAGUGGACGCACCUUCCGCAAUGUGCUGUGCGUGCAGAAGCUGCACGCCAGGUGUAAGGAGCGGCAGUUGAAGGACGUGCUUGAGUGCGAGGUGACUGAGUUCUGCCUCGCGUCCAUGGACAGCGCGGGGGAGGCGCACAGCGCGGCUGUCGAGGCGACUGUGUCGCUGUGCAGAAGCAACGUUUUCGUGACGCCAAGUACCGUGCCGGCGAUACUCAAUACCGUCAGCAGCGUGGGCGAGAUUGUGGCCCAGCAGCGGGAGGUGUCCGCUUCGCAGUUGCGCGACAGUGGCGUGCAGGCGACCCGCGCAACGUUCUCAGUGCAGCUAAAGGAAGUCUUCUGCGACAUGGCGUUGUUACUGGACCAGCGAAAAGUCGUUGCUGGCGGUGAAAGACCCCUGCCGGUAUCAGACAGUGACGCGCCGAAUAGCGACAACGACGGGAAUGCUCAGCGGGGAGUCCCGCAGUGGCAGCAGAGCCGUCGCCGUCGCUGCCGAGGCGGAGCGGAGCCUUAUCCCCUGCAUGGGCAACCCGCUCACCCGCAUCCCGUGUGGCUCGAUCACCGUGAGGCUGGAGCAAACGACGCUGCUGCUUGGCACGGCCUCGGCCGGCGGCACCAGCUCCGGGAGCCUCGUUGCGAGCUUCCCCACGGCGACGCUCGCCUUCGCGGAGUGCCCCAGCGAGGGGGACACGGCGGUGAAGAAGGUGCUUGA